CUAAAAUUCCCAUCUGUUUUCUCUUUGCUGUUUAAAUAGUGAAGGAAUCAGAAUGUUGGAGAACAAAGUCUCUAAGUCUUCAGCCUUACUAACCAUCCUCAUCAUCACCUUCUUCUUCAUGAUGCAGAAUCUGAGCGGCGUGCUGAUCUUCCUCCUCGCCACCAUGACCCCGGUCCUGUGCUGUGAUUGGUUCAGACACUACGGUCACCUUAGCAACAAAUCAAUGACUCUGCUGCGCCUCAUGGGCACUGAGUUUUCUAACAACAGCCAACCUUACUUUCCCUACAAGUUCUACAGCCAUAUUAAAAACAACACGGUGGAGUCCCAGCUGGUUUUCAUCAGAGACAGUCUGGAGCUGAUUGAAGGUCUCUAUCUCCAUAACGACCUCUCCUCCGUUGCCUGGGAUACAGACAGGACGGACCGUUUCCUGAUGACGCUGGAGAGACAGAGAGAAGGGAUCAGCAGCUGUCUUUCAACAGAGAGGAGAGCAGACAGCCGACUGAGGAAAUACUACCGGGGACUGGAGAAACGGCUCCACACGGGAGGCAGCAGUGCAUCCUGGGAGAUGAUCCGGAAGGUGACUGACCAGCACCUGCACCAGCUGAACCUGCUGGUGAACGGAAUGAAGAAGCAUUGA